AUGCCAUGUCUUCCCCCUAAACUGGAGACUUUCUACUGUGACGACAGCACAUUUAGGAUUUCUUUUUUUAACUUCACCCCAAACAAUCUAACGAAAAUCAGUUACAGGAAAAACGUCAUAACCUACUGGACGGGUCCAAAGUAUGGUUUAAACCAUUUAACUGAAAUUGACCUAUCAGAAAACUUCUGCGAUCGUGUUUAUGAUGGUUGUCUGAAAGGCUUUACUAGUCUCAAGAUAUUAAGAGCUAAUAGAAACUACCUUGGGGCCUUCUUAGGUAACGAUAAAAACGGGCAGGUGUUUGCUUAUUCACCAACCCUCGAAUUUUUAAAUCUAUCUUUGAACAGAAUCCAGUUUUUACCAGUGAAUGUGUUUCGAAACCUUGUCAGUCUGAAAAACUUGAACCUAAGUGAGAACAGUAUCACAAAACUGAAAGUAAAGGUUAGUCAUAUGACCAAUUUGACAUCUUUGAAUUUAAGUUCAAAUCAAAUUCCAUCCCUAAAUCACAUGUUUAUGUCUCAACUGGACAUAAUCAGCAAAAGCUCUGCUUUAAAGGUUGAUCUUUCAGCCAACCCACUUAUCUGUUCCUGUGAGACAUUAUCUUUUGUAAAAUGGAUGACACAGAGAAAGGACAUGUUUGCAAGCCAACAUUUGUAUAAAUGUACAUCACAAUCUGGAUGGUUAUACAACGAAAAUGUGUUUGAGAUUCUUUCACAACUUCAACAAAAGUGCACCUCUCAUUUUGGCCUAGCGAUGGGACUGUUGGUUUCUGUAACAAGUUUCCUCUGCAUCUUGUGUGCUUCUAUCCUCUACAGGUAUCGAUGGAAGCUGAUAUACCUGUAUUACAUAGCGCGGGGACGUUACCGAAAAGUUGACCUGAUUCAACACGGGAAUGACAGGGAAUAUGAAUAUAAUGCUUUUAUCUCCUACGCUGACGAGAACCGUGACUUUGCUCUGCACAUGUUCAUCGAGAAGCUUGAAAGAGAAGGCAAUCUUCAACUGUGUCUUCAUCAUCGUGAUUUCAUUCCAGGCGAGGCAAUAGCUGCCAACAUCCUGUCAGCCAUUCAAAAAAGUAAACUUGUUGUCAUCGUGCUUUCCCCUAACUUCCUGGACAGUUACUGGUGCAGAUACGAGUUUGGAGGUGAUCGCCUGACCGGUCCAAAAGAUGAGCUAGAGGAGAUGCUGAAGCGUGAUGCAGCUAAACACGCUACCGCUGAGUCCGCAGUCCACAAGAACCUCAUGAUUGCUGAUGAACUGGAUGCGGAAAGAAAAGCUGCGGCACUGGAGGCUGAGAUAUGA